GCACAGGUUAUGUUUACUUCAUUCAUUUCAUCAUAUUACACAAAAUUUGAAAUAAAUUAAUUAUUAUAAUGAUUGAUGUAAAGACACUGUUAAAAUCCAGCAUACAACGACAAACUGAACAAAACAAGUCAACGAAGGAUGAAAAUCUUAAUUUGGAGCAAGAACUUUAUGAGAAGUACUUGGGUGAUAAUGGAGUGUCUUUAAAAGAAGAAAUAUUACCAAUCCCGCGGUUUCAUCAUCGUUUACCGAAAGAAGAUGAACCGUUGCGGCAGAAACUGCGUGAAGAAACACGCUCGAAUUUUCUACAAAGAAGAAGUCGGCAUUUGUUAGACAAUGCUGAGUUAAAAAGUCUGUGGACUUUAUUGGACAGGCAUCAGACUGCGCCUGAAGAACAGCUGAUUUCCUACAGUGAUUUUAAGAAAGUUGUUGCAUUAGCAGGACCAAAAGUUCAGCAUUACUUCACAGCGACUGUCUUUGCCAAACUUCAACAAGGUGAUCCACAAGGCAAGGUGUCAAUCAUGUCGCUUUUCAAUUAUAUCAUGCGUAAAGUCUGGAUGGAACAAACACGAAUCGGUCUGUCACUCUACGACACAUCCGGCCAAGGAUAUCUGCGUGAGGGUGAUCUGGAAAGUUAUAUCACUGAAUUAAUCCCGACUCUACCGCAAUUGGAAGGUUUGGAGAAGUCUUUUCAUAGUUUUUACGUGUGUACCGCAGUCAGGAAGUUUUUAUUCUUCUUGGACACGCUGCGCGCAGGACGAGUGCGCAUUUUAGACGUGCUUGCUUGUUCGUUCCUCGAUGAUUUGCUUGAAUUACGCGUGGAGGAGGCUAGUAAAGAGAUACAGGAGCAGAAUUGGUUCAGUGCACGUUCUGCGCUAAGAGUUUACGGUCAUUAUCUGAAUUUAGACCGAGAUCACAAUGGUUUGUUGAAUAUUAAUGAAUUGGCGGGUUAUGGCACUGGGACUUUGACGCAGCCGUUUCUGGAAAGAGUUUUUCAAACUUGUUUGACUUAUAAUGGUGAAAUGGAUUAUAAAACUUAUCUGGAUGUUGUGCUGGCUUUGGAAAACAGGUCUGAGCCUCAGGCGCUUGCGUAUUUGUUUCGAAUUUUAGAUCUGAAUAAUCAAUCGUAUUUGAACGCGUUUUCAUUGAAUUACUUUUUUCGCGCUAUAGAAGACCAGUUGAAGCAGCAGGGCGCCGAGCCGGUGAGGUUUGAGGAUUUUAAGGAUGAAUUGUUUGAUAUGGUCAAGCCGAAGGAUCCUUUAAAAAUCACUUUGAAUGAUAUUUUGAGUUGUGGGAAAGGUGAAACGUUUGUCAGUAUUUUAAUUGAGUUUCAAGCGUUUUGGAGCUACGAGAGUCGUGAAUCUGUUUCUUCAGACCCUUCACAAGACUGAAUAUAUUGAUGAGUUCAUGUUUUAUACUCGAAUUGUUUUAAUAUAAUUAUUUAAACUGAAAAA